UACUGCGGGAUUAAUGUUUCCCCAGUGUACAUCUGACAGCAGAUUUGGUCUGUGGUUAGAUGUUCGUUUGCGUAGAUAUGGACAUUGGCAUUUCUCUUUACGGAUGUCUUAUCAUAAGAUAGUGCACAAUUCGAACAACGAAAGAUACGACUGUGGCAGGAUAAGAUUAGUACUUUAUCUCUUCGACAGUAAGAGCAUUUUAAAAGCUAGAAGCUGAUUUGUAGAUCAUUUAGCGGACAGUGGUGAAUUCGUAUGCGCAUUGAUUACUAUUGUUUCUCUGUUUUAUAAGUCCUAAAAAUUAAGCGUAAAUAUGCCGCUGUUCAAACCAAAAAAUCCAAACAAGAAAGGACAUUCAGUGGAAAGUAAUAAUGAGAAUCAGAACGAAAGUGCUUUAGCUCAACAAAACGGAAACAGAGCGACCCAGAAGCCGGCGGAUCCCAACGUUGGGAGACCCAAACUUGUGUUCCAUUGUCAGCAAGCCCAGGGAAGUCCUACCGGACUUAUUUCUGGUUUUUCUAACGUCAGGGAGCUCUACCAGAAGAUUGCCGAGUGCUAUGAAUUCCCAGUCGAAGAUAUCCUGUUUUGCACACUGAAUACCCACAAAGUAGACAUGUCGAAGUUACUUGGGGGCCAGAUUGGUUUGGACGAUUUCAUAUUUGUACAUAGAAAAGGAAGACCUAAAGAAAUAGAAAUCACAAAGUCAGAAGAUGCACUGGGCCUAACAAUUACUGAUAAUGGAGCUGGUUAUGCAUUUAUAAAGAGAAUCAAGGAAGGCAGUAUUAUUGAUGGCAUAAAUGUGAUACAGGUUGGUGAUCACAUUGAGAAGAUAAAUAAUGAGAAUCUGGUUGGUCGAAGACAUUUUGAAGUGGCAAAGAUGCUAAAAGAAAUUCCAAAGGACACAACAUUUACACUAAGACUUGUUGAGCCAUUGAAGGAUGGAUUCACUCAUGUGGGACCACAUGCUGAUCGUCGGAAGAACAAAAAACCUGCAUUUGGCUCUGGGAAAGAAACAAUAAGGUUCAGUGCUAAUGGACCAGCCCAGAUUCAGCCAGAGCUUGAUGAUGUAGCCAAAGUAGCUAUUGACAAAAUCAACAGUCUACUUGAUUCAUUUAUGGGCAUAAAUGAUGCUGAACUUGCUACUCUGAUAUGGGAACAAGCUCAAGGAAAAGCCAACAGUAUGGAUUUUGCUGAAGCAAUUGACAACUCAGAACUUGAAGAAUUUGGGUUUUCUGAUGAUUUUAUCAUCGAGCUUUGGGGCGCAAUUACUGAUGCACGUUCUGGUCGCCUGAACUGAACAGUAAAAACUAACUCUUUAUGUAUGUAAUAGUAUAAGUUUUAAAUUUAAAAUUUGUAAAAUAUGAAGGAUUACUGAGCAGUAUCAUAGUCAUCUACAGCACUUAUUUCUUGUAAGCCCACAACGGGUUCCAGUGUAAUGGUCAAUUUGAAAAGAGCAGCUGAAAAGCAUAAACAUGUAAAAUGUUAUUCUAUUUUUAACAGUUGGCUUGAGAUGUGGCAUAUUAUUUACACUGAAUCAGAAUUACGGUCUCCUUUGUUGAUAUUUUCUGUUACCUUGAAUCUACUUGCUACAUGCCCUGUUUUAUAUAGAAGUAUAUUUUAGUUAUUUCCAGUGUGAUGAACUUUAUUUAUGUGGCAUUCAUGGAGCAUAAGAAACUCAAUGUUAUUUAUUCCCACACAUAAUGAUCCCACAAUUUACAUUUGACAGGUCUUAUUGAGGAAAACUGUAGUCCUGUCACCAAGAAUUGUUUAUAAAAUACACAUGAAAAAUUGAAAUCUUAAUGAACACCAUUCAUUCAGUAGUGUGUGUUGUUGUUGUUGUUGUUGUUGUGUGUGUGCGUGAUUUUGAGGGAGAGAGAGAGAGAGAGAGAGAAAGAGAGAGAGAGAGAGAGAAGUUGUGUAUUGGAAGAAAUUAUCAGGAAUACUGAAGAGAAUAGCAGUUGUAUAUUUGGCCCCAAAAUUAGUUUCUUCUGCCACUAACCACUGUGAAACAAUCACUAUUUUAGGAUUUGAUUUAUAAUAAUACUUGAAAAAAUUUCUUAAGAAAUGUUACAAUUGCAUAUAGCUCCAGAGGCAUACAGAAAUAGAAGAGUAAUUCAGUCUUAUGUAAAUCAAUAACUGGAAAGCUCAAAUUAGUUAAAAAAGUAUGAGAAAUGAAAUUUAACAAUUGUAUACAGCAACGUGACUUAAAUGAUGGCAAAACAAAGAGAUCUAUAGAUUUAAUGAAAACUGGAAAAAUAAAUGGUAGGGUAAAGUUUCAGUGUUAGCAUCUCAAAUACAUUUUGUGUAUCUUUUUAUAACCUCAGUUUUUAUAAGACUGGGACAUUGUCAUCAAACUUAGCAUGUGUAUUACAUUUUGCAGAUGACUGAACAAAAAAUUUCCAUCAAUGAAGUCAAAAGUAGCAAAUGGAAAGCAGAAAUCAAAAUAACAAAGCAACUGUGGUAAUAGAAUUUCUGCUGUUUUAUCAGUGCAGACAAAACCAGUGGUUUCCUCUUUUAUUACAACUAUCUUUGCCAGCUGAUUGUAUAAAAACUGAUUCCUAUGCCUUGUUCAUUUUACUCUCAUUCAGUGCAGUCAUAUAUGCUCAUCAUGUAAAGUAUGCUACUGCAGGUCUAAGAAAUAAAUUUUACACUGCACAA